GUUUGUUGCGAGCGGACACCCGUCCCACUUUGUUCAACAGCCUUUGACCGCACCAUCUAAUUUUCUCCCACUACUAUGCUGUAUUCUUCCCAUUUUUCUUUCACCUCAUAUUUGCUCCCAAAUGCUGAUGCUUUGUGCCAUUGCAUAAAGACAUCGACGAGAGGCCUGCUGCCAUGGCGUCGUGAUUCGAGUGCUCUGCUGUCAUGGUCAACACCGCCUCAAGGCUGACAUCACCCCCGUCUUGCCUCCUGGGCUCUGCGCCCUUCCUCAGGCACUCCUCAGGGCGAGUGCUAUCUGCCUCAGCCAAAGGCCCUCGUCUCUGCAGUCUCUUUUUGCACACUCUCACCACCUCGUUCAUGUGCAGAAAGCUCGCCGCCGCCAAUACGUCCUCCACCGGCGGCGACUUCUCCACCUGCAGCACGCCUUCAUAAAUAAAGUCCAGCAACAGGCUGAAUGCAGGCGCCGAGACGAUGUCGCUGUCAAGUGUGACAGAGCCGCUGGACGCACCGUUGCCGCUCAGAGAGUCACAAUAAAACAUGUGGAAGAAAGGUGAGCAGGAGGCCAGAACAGCCCGAUGAGCCAGGAAAUGGGUGGAGCCCACCAGGACGGUGCAGUCGCACAGGAACCCCCGCUGGCGCUGCGACCGCAGGGCUGACAGCAGCUGCUGGGAAUGCUGGGGAAACUCCAUCAUCUAGUGCAGUAACAAAGACGGAUGAAUAUGAGACAAAAUAUGACACAAAAGCGAUGCGUUACAAACUUGAUGAGGUCAACACCAGCAGUAAUGAGAUCAAGCUUUAACCACAUCGUGAAGCUCAUAACGGACAGAGAUGUCACGUUGUCUAAAUCUAUGUCCUACGCUCUUCGCCAUGGAGCCAACCAGAUGGGUCUUUGCUUAAGGUCAGAUGGCUUCCUGUUUGUGGAGGACCUGCUGGCUCACCCUCAGUUCUGCUCGUACAAACUGGAAGAUGUGGAACGAGUGGUUGCUACAAACGACAAGCAGCGUUUUAAGCUGUGUCCUCACCCUGAAGAUGGCCGCUUGCAGAUCCGAGCUAAUCAGGGACACUCAAUGCAGGUCAUGGAUUUAGAACUGAAGCACGUCCUUGCUGGUUCUUCCGACUGUCCUGCCGAGGCCGUUCAUGGCUCCUACAUGCGCAACUGGACCUCCAUCCGGCAGCACGGCCUGAGCCGCAUGAAGAGGACACACAUCCAUCUGGCCUCCGGUUUGCCAGACGACGAUGGCGUCAUCAGUGGCAUGAGGAAAGACUGCGAUCUAGCUGUAUUCAUUGACGUGCCCAAAGCGCUUGCUGAUGGCAUCGAAUUCUUCUGGUCAGAGAACCGUGUGUUGUUGACAACAGGGGACGCAGAGGGAAAGCUUCCCCCGAAAUACUUCAGCCGAGCUAUAAGACUCAGACCGACCAGGAGCAUCCUGCUGCUGUCAUAGCAGCAAAAGACUGGUAAAUUCUGUGCUAGCAGUGUCAAAGCGCUACACAAGUGACAGACCACUGACCAUAAAUAUUAUUGAAAGCAUCUGCUAUUUAAAUACUGCAGUCAGUGCCACGUUUUCCACAAGCCAUCUAUUACUCUAUUGAUCUGAAUGAAAAUAUUUUUCCCAAAAAAAGUGUCAUCUUAUUUUCUGGUCAGUUUGUUUUUUCCCCUCUACGGACAACAACGCACAAAACAAUGCAACCUUGGUUAACCUCAUUAAUUUCCACUGCACUGCAUACAAACCUAAAAUAAAGGACAUCUUUAAUGCACGGGCAAGACUGACUAAAUGGAGGAUGCAGAAACAAGAAAAACAUGCUUUCUAUUGACCAAACACAGCAUACGAAUGCUCACAAUAUUACCGUGUGAAAAUGUUCUGGCCCCAGACGCCUUGACAACAAGGUGUGAACACGCUCCCUUUAUUUGAUUAAAAAUGUACCUG